GCGCAUGCGCAGUGGCACAGAGAGAAGCCGGAAGUGAAUGGCGGCGGUGUCACAGAGGAAGAAACGCGAGAACAGCUGUGCUAAACACACACACACACACACACACAAACACAAACAAGCAAGCAAGCACAAAAUGCUGUCAUGGCCGCUGGUGUGAAAAAGCCGAGUGAGAGGUAAAUAAUAAAGAGACGCAGAAUAUAUAUAUAUAGAGAGAGAGAGAGAGUGUAAACAUUCGGACAGAGAGAGAGAGAGAGAGAGAGAGAGAGAGACAGACAGACAGACAGGGAGGAUGAAGGAGGCGCAGGGCUGCGGGAUGCGCUGCUCAGUGGGCUUCCUGUCCCGCAGGAUGAUGAGCGGCUGCCCGCUGCUGAAGGAGGACUUCCAGCGGUGCAGGCUGGCGGGGUGUAACAGCCUCUACCGCCGCGACAUGCUGGGACACUACGGCUGUGUCAACGCCAUCGAGUUCUCCAACAACGGGGGACAGUGGCUGGUGUCCGGUGGCGAUGACCGGCGUGUGUUAUUGUGGCACAUGGAGAAAGCUCUUCAGUCUCGAGCCAAACCCAUCAAACUGAAGGGGGAGCACCUGUCUAACAUCUUCUGCCUCGCCUUCGACAGCACCAACACACGCGUCUUCUCCGGGGGGAACGAUGAGCAGGUGAUUCUGCAUGAUGUGGAGCGUGGAGAGACGCUGAACGUGUUUCUCCAUGACGACGCCGUGUACGGUCUCUCUGUCAGCCCCGUCAAUGAUCACGUGUUCGCCAGCUCGUCAGACGAUGGGCGUGUCCUCAUCUGGGACACACGGGAACCCCCCCACGGAGAGCCGUUCUGCUUGGCGAAUUAUCCGUCUGCGUUCCACAGUGUGAUGUUUAACCCUGUGGAGCCGCGCCUACUCGCAACAGCCAACUCUAAAGAGGGCGUCGGCCUGUGGGACAUCCGCAAACCGCGCAGUUCUCUGCUGCGGUACGGGGGUUCUCUGUCUCUGCAGAGUGCGAUGAGUGUGCGCUUUAACAGUGCAGGUACACAGCUGCUGGCUCUGCGCAGACGUCUGCCCCCCGUCCUGUACGAGCUGCACUCUCGCCUGCCCAGCUUCCAGUUCGACAACCAGGGCUACUUCAACUCCUGCACCAUGAAGAGCUGCUGCUUCGCCGGGGACCGCGACCAGUAUAUCCUGUCUGGCUCUGAUGACUUUAAUCUCUACAUGUGGAAAAUUCCCAAAGACCCAGACUCAGCGGGCCGAGUGGUUAACGGAGCGUUCAUGGUGUUGAAGGGUCAUCGCUCCAUUGUGAAUCAGGUCCGCUUUAAUCCACACACCUACAUGAUCUGUUCCUCUGGUGUCGAGAAGGUUAUCAAGGUGUGGAGUCCGUACCAGCAGCCGGAGUGUGUGGGUGAUCUGGAGGGUCGGGUGGAGGAUAAGUCUCGCUCUCUCUACACACAUGAGGAGUACAUCAGCCUGGUGCUGAACAGCGGCAGCGGCCUGUCACAUGACUACGUCAGCCAAUCAGAGCAGGAGGAUCCGCGCAUGAUGGCUUUCUUUGAUUCCCUUGUGCGCCGCGAGAUCGAAGGCUGGAGCUCCGACUCGGAUUCCGAUCUGAGCGAAGGCGCCAUUCUGCAGCUGCACGCCAGGGGGCGUGGCCACACCCGGUCCACCAACCACGGAGCCUCCACAACUCAAACUCCGCCCACUGAAGCGAACAGCAAUCGGCAGAGCGACUCGGAUCACUCCUCUUCCUCGUCCUCCUCCUCGUCCUUAUUAUCUGGUCCUGCUUCUGGGAGUGAGAGGGUGGAUCCUGACGAGAUAGGCUCACACAGACGGAAAAGGGCGGGGUCACGACGAGCAUCCGCGUUCCUAUUGGAUGUGGUGAACGAGGACUCGGAUUCCAGUAGUUUCUGGUUGGACCCGUUGCCUCGCCCACGUUCUCCCAGCCCGCGUGAGAACUCCAGCCUCUCUAGGACCUCCAGUCCGAGCUCCUCCCCCAGCUCCUCCUCUACCUCCUCGUCCAAUAGUGAUGGAGAAGAGGCGGAGCUUCAGAGGAGCAGAGUGCGGCAACGUAAUGCGGCGAGGAAGCAGGGCCGUACGCGCUGGUCACGCUUAGACUCCGCCCACUCUCUUCAGAGUGCCACGGAUUACAGCAGCUACCCCAAAAUAUCUCUUAAUGAUUCAACAUCUCCUUCGUCCUCCGGGGACGAGAGCCGGCCAGUCAGAAGCGGGGGUAAAAAUAAGGGGCAUGGCCUCAUUUCUAGCCCCGGCCCUUCUUCAGAGAGCCGUACAGAGACACACCUGCGAGUCAGAGGUCGCUUCAUGGAGAGGGCGGAGUCAAGAAUUGGUCAGAGGGAAGAGCUGGGGGCGGGGAAAAGCAGCGAGGAUGAACUGAACAGCUCAGAACUGUACGGAAACUCGAGCGCUCAUGACGAGAGCUGUGUAGACUCAACUCUUCCGGAAUCCUCAGAAGGGGCGGAGCCUGACGCUAACUCCACAGGCUCUAGGACUGGAAAACGGACACGCUUCGGAUCCGAGCCAGAGGAGGAGGAGCCUCCGUCAGAAAAAAAGUUGAAGACGUGAUGUCAUUAGUUAAACUGGCCUUCUGAUUGGCUUGUUGAUUUUGUGUGUUUCAUUUACGGCCUGCCGUGUGUUCAGUGUUGGAGGCGGAGCAGCAUUAAAAAAAACUUUGUUUCUUUUAGAUGAAUGACAUUGUCACGCUCUUAACCUCCAGAAGGGGGCAGCAUUUCAGUUCAUACUUUAUUUCAGUAAGUUGUGUUUUUAUCAGGUCACUUUGUAGGCGUACGCUUACUGCCUGCAGCCUAAUAGCGGAAAAAUUCAAUUUUACCGUUAUUGUUCCAAAAUAAACGACUAACGGAGUGUUCUCAUUUUUCAUGGAAUCCGCAUAACCUGCUCCAAAUGCUAACGUUACAGGGCUACGACAUCAACCCAGUAUCAGGAGUCCCUGCCUCAACAAGGGGCGGGGCUUAGGUUGCAUUCAAUUAACAUAAAACUACUGGUUAGUUAAACAUUACAAGCACACAGCACAGGAAUGUGUGUAAUUAAAACACGAAGCCACCUAGCUAGCUAACGUUAGCUAAUGAUGAUUGACUGAUCAGAUGUAACUUAAGCUCCGCCCCUUCUGACACGGAGGCAGCACUCGCAUUCUGACUCUGAGUUGACUCAGAGCGAGUCAGAUGGACUGCAGUCUGUAACUGUACACCUGUAAACUCACCUGUGUGCUAGGCAGUGGGCGUGGCUUUGAGGUCGCUCAUAGACACGCCCACCAGUCUGUGACUCAGUGUGUACGUGGCCAUGGAACAAUAAAAACAACCCUAAGCAGUGUGUGUCAGGGUGUGGGGGUGCACCGAUACCAUAUUCAGCUGUGGUAGUUUCUGUAUCAUAUCGAGGGAAGUUUAUUCAGUUUAAGUAUAAAUGAAAUAAAAAAGUUCUAAAUGUAAAUAUAAACAUAAAUGUAAACAAUAACUCCGAUGAGGAACGUGACGAUACUAAAUUCUGAUAUUGCGAUCAUUUCUUUUCACAGUUUACGAUAUUAUCACGAUAUUUAUAAAAGAGACUGUUAUAAAUUAAUGCUAGGGUAGGAGGCGGAGCUUCAGAGCAGCAUUUGACACUGUAUUGUAACGAAAAGGCGGAGCCAUAUGCUCUGGUCAUGUAUAGACUCCGCCCACUGCAUUGACUGCCACAGUUGUGUGUUACAGUUCAGAAAGCAGAUCGGUGUGAAGUAGUGCCCUUGAUAUCCUCCCUCCAUAGGCAGCCUCCUUACAAACGGAACACGACAGUAUAUAACCACCAUACCAGUAUUGUGUGUGUGUGUGUGUGUGUUAAAUAUGGCGAUAUAUAUCGUAUAACUGAGAUUUAUUGAGAUACGGUGCUGAUGUGCACCCCUCCCCCCUCGCACACACACUGAUGAUGUCAUCACUUACGGAGUGACGUGACACUAAAGAGUUUAAACAUUAAUAACGUUAAUAAUCUUAAUAUUGUUAAUGACAUUAAAGAUUUGUGUUCUGGUUGAUGAUGAUGUUAUGUUUGUUUGUGUGGAGGAGGAGGCGGAGCUAGCUGUCAUGGAGGAGGCGGAGCUAGCCGAUAGCUGUUAUGCUAACACCUUUUACGUUCUGCUCUGUUUAAAGUUGACGAUGCUCUGUGGACGCUGUUUCCAUGGUAACCCUGUACUAUGCUCAGCAGCAGUGACAUCAUUAAAAUUUGAUUUGUGAGCGUUCACA